AUGCCUCAAAAAUCUGCCAAGGGAAAGGAAAGGGAAAUCGAUCAUGAUCUGACUGAAACCGACCCUGAUCUCACCGAGACUGACCCUGACUUGACUCAAUCCGACCCUGAUCUGAUUGACACAGAUGACUACGCAGUAGACAAUGAGCAACGAUAUUCGGGCUCAGUUAACCUAUUGAGGGCUGCGCUGCAACUAAACGAUGAGCAACAAGUUGGCCCAUCACGCAUCUAUUAUUGCAACAAAUGUGGCGAUUACUUGGAUGGUCGCAUUGGGCCGCUUUGCUUGAACUGCAGAGCCAAGGAUGCAGGGCUUUGCUGCUAUUGCCGCGAGAGACAAGCCGAUCCGGGACAUUCGUCUUGCACGCCAUGCAGGCAAAAGAAGAAGGAACAAGAGGCUGACAGAAGAAAAAAGGCGAAGGAGAAGAAGGUUGAAGAGAAGAGGAAGAGUAAGGAAGAGAAGAAGACUGAGGAGAAGAGCAAGAAGAAGAGCAAGGACAAAAGGAAGGACAAAACGAAGAAUAAGAAAUAG